AUGUCGGCUGAUCAGCCAGGAACAGCUUUGGCUGCAAGUGUCACCACAGAUAAGCUGUUGAGUGAGAUCGAGAUCGGCACAGCAGCAGAGCUAGCAAUGUUGAUUCGAUAUAACACAUUUCCCUUCGGACCGACUUUCGUCGAACCGCUAGAUCAACUGAUACUGGAAGGAAGGAGUCAUCCAGGUAAAUCGACUCUGAUGAGAGGAGAUUUGGUCGAAUUGGUAGGAUCGAGUGGAACGGGCAAGACUACCUUCCUGACUCAUCUGAUCUUCACGACCCUCCUUCCACAGACUCUUCCCGAUUUCCUAUCUACCCCUCUUGGAGGAAGGGGUCUCAACGUCACCUUGAUCCAGCCAAUAACUCAUCGAUCGAUCAUCCCACUUGUCAGACAGUACUUGCGAAAUCAUAUACUCCAUAUAUCACCUACCACGCCGAUGCGAAUGGUCGAUAAAGUCAUCAAAGAGAGUUUAUCGCGUCUGACGGUGUAUAGACCUAAACCAAGAUGGAAAGAAUACGCCCUAUGUCUGAAGAAGAUUUUAGAUAACGCUACUGAUUUUCCAAGAGGUAUUUCAUCUUCGUCGCUGGGAGGGGAUGGCGAUGGAGGGGGUUUAGAUUUGUUGGUAGUUGACGGGAUGGGUGAUCCGCAUUAUCCUACUAAAUGGAUAGAGGAGCAGAAAGGUAAUAAUAGGUAUUACGAUGCGGUACAUAAAGAUAAAGAUAGGAUAUUGGGCAUGGAGGAUAUAGGUUUAAGGCAGGUAAUGGAAUGUAUAGGUAGGAUAAGGAAAGAGGUUGGAGCGGUGGUUGUGAUGGGUACUCAGGGGUUGAGAGUAUCAAAAGAGUCGUCAUCCCUCUUCCACGCGCAUCUCCCAUCUCCUUAUCCAUCACCAUUCUCCCCUUCCAGCCUCGAUAUCAAUCCCAAUACCAAAUUAUCGGAUCUAAAUCCUACUUACUGGCCUGUCAAUAUCCAAAUCACAUUCACAGGUCAAUUGAAAGCCCUGCAGUUCCCUAUGGAGACUACCCUGGUCGAAGUCCUUCAAUCGAAAUAUCAAGAGCGAAGGAAAGAUCACGAUGAAGAUCAGACGAAAGUAUACGAGGGUAUAGUGAAGAUGACUCAGACAAAUACAGGUAAUGUCAGUACGAUAUCAGGUGGGAAGUUUAGGUUUGGGAUCAAUAAUCAAGGGGUGUUGGUGCAGAUCUGA